CACCAACAGCCUUACAGACUCGCAUUAAAGUAUAUUGACAAUCCACACUGUAAUCAUGUUGCUGGAAAGCAUAUAAUCUGUUAGUCUGACGUAUAAAUUGAUAGCGGUUGUCGUAAUCCUAUUGGUUGCUCUAAUGAUAUGGAGCAUCCAUCGACCAUCUGGUAUGCCCCCUGGACCACGUGGUUUUCCAAUUAUCGGCAGUAUGCUAUCUUUGACUGACAAUUUACACCUGGACUUUUUGCAAAUGGCUAAGGAGUACGGAGACAUAUUCACCAUCAAGAUAGGCAGUCACCAAGUGGUAAUCGUGAAUAGCUAUGAACUGAUCAAAGAAACAUUGGUAAAAAAGUCGACUGAUUUCGCCGGGAGACCGCAGACGUUUACGGGAAAUGUGGGAUCUGAGGGAUUUAAAGACAUAGCCUUCAGUGAUUAUAGUCCUUCAUGGAAACUGCAUAGAAAGAUCGCACACCAAGCAAUAAGAAAUUAUGCCAGUGGCGAUAAACUAGAAGACAUGAUGCGCAAAGACGCAAUUCCUUUACUGACACAGAUACUGGAAGACAAUGAAGGAAAAGUUAUUGCCCCAAGACCUCUUUUAUUUUUAACUGUUAACAACAUCGUUGCUCAAUUCUGCUUUGGUCAAAAGUAUACACUUGAUGAUCCAGAGCUUAAAGCCUUCAUGGACCUUAUAGACGAGUUUGCAAAUGUGAUUGGAAAAGGUCUAGUGGCAGAUGUGAUUCCAUGGGCGGCCAUAUUUCCAACUUCAGCUGCUCGGAAAAUGGACAAAGUCAAUAACAAAUAUCUUGGUAUGAUUUACAAGAAGUUUUACGAGCAUAGGCAGAGAUUUGAUGAAGAUAAUUUGAAUGACCUCAUUGACUAUUUACUCGAUGCUCAACGCCAAGCCAAGGAAGAAAAUGCUGACAACAUUAAUAGUCUGACAGAUACACAUUUGGUGCAAACAGUUUCUGACAUUUUUGGAGCUGGUAUUGAUACGACCACCCAUACAAUGGAUUGGUCAAUCAUCUUCCUCACCCGAUACCCGGAUGUACAGGCUAAAGUUGCUAGGGAAAUCCAUGAAGUAAUUGGAAGAGACAGGCUGCCCUUAAUAUCAGACCGACCCAAUCUACCAUACUGUGAUGCGGUUAUCCACGAACUGAUGAGAAUACGUACUGUUGUACCGAUGUCUGUUCCACACAAAGCAUUGGUGGACUCAAGUAUUGGUGGAUAUCUGAUCCCAAAGAAUACAUGGGUAAUGGUUAAUUUAUGGGCUGUACAGAUGGAUGAAAAACACUGGGAUAACCCGCAAGAGUUUAGACCAGAGAGAUUCAUAGAUAAAGACGGCUCACUCAAAGCAAAACAGGACAACUUCAUUCCAUUCUCAGCGGGUCGUCGUGUCUGUCUUGGGGAGUCCCUAGCUAAGCCAGAGAUAUUUCUGAUGUUCACUUCUUUGUAUCAAAGUUUCGCGUUUUCACAAGUGCCUGGUAAAGCCUUACCAAGUCUCAAAGGAAAUGUUGCUUCGCUUGUUCUUAGAGCGCCUGAAUAUGAAGUAGUAGUUAAAAAAAGAAUAUAGUUUUAGCAUUUACUUUAGUUCAACUUUAUUAUUAUCAUCAUCAGAAUGUAUUUAUCGAUUAAUAACGUGAACGAUAAGAUGUUGUAAUAGCUAGUAAUGAAUAUAUAAUAAGUAGCUAACUGUUGUGAUGAUGUGAAACCAAUUUGCUGGUAUGAUAGUUAGAAUAGAUGUGCAUUUACAGGAAAUAUAAGUGACGUUUUGCUUCUCAUACAGGAAAACUUGAUAAAUAAUGCAGUGGUGUGGUAUGUGUUAUGAUAGUUCAAUACCACAACAAAAAUAUAUAUUUGUUAAACGUUUACAUAAUAAAUAAUGCUUUCGAAGACAUACUUAAAAUAUUCUUUAAAAUAGAAAACAAAUAUUUGACCAUAAAAUCUAUUGCAUAUGGCAAACUUCGCCAGUGUACGAAAUAAAUCGCAAAACAAAGUUAUGUAAGACACAGGUUUCGAAAUGACGGGCGCGAAUACAGCCUACAGUAUCGUAACACCGUACUUCUGUACUGUACUUUAAAGGAGAUUGACAGAGGGUAGUUGAUUCUUGCAACAUAGUUACGGUACAUUUAAUUGCUACCUUAUGAUGAGGAACAAAUAAAGAUAUAUUACAGAUCUAACUUAUUUAGAUUGUCAAUCGACGGUUCAGUGUAAUAGGGUGUUCGUAAAUAUUCUGUGCCAUCUGUUUGAGAAUUCAUUUGGGAUACCUUCACAGAAAACAUACCAAUAAUACAGUAAAUUCCUUUUAACAAAUCCAAAUUCAUCUGAAAUUAGAUAAGGAUUAACGCGAUUUCAAACGAACCUUUCUACAACUGUAUAUAAUCAGUAUUGUAUUUCUUUGUGGGUAUUGCACAUUUACACUGUAAAAUUAUAUUACUGGCUUAAUUGAAACAAACUUGGAGAGAUGUCGAAAAUUACGUCAUAAGUGCCGAAAUAUGUUAAAAUUGCAUGGAAUUGAUUAAUCAAAUAAGAAAACAAGUUCAAGAUAAUUACUUCAAAAUUUAAAUAAUAAUUGUUAAUUUAUUUGCAGCAUUUUUACAGUAGUAGAACGUACAUAUAUAAAUGUAUUAUUUCACUAGUUCUAGUAAUGUGUUGUGUCUCUGAUUUUCUGAUUUAAAUAUAUAUCACCCCCUCCUCAGUGGUACGUUUUCACUAGUGCAUGGUAAAAGGUUUCCCCGGUCUUACAGGAAUGCCGG